UGAGAGGGUUAGCAAGCUGCUCGGCGUCGACGGCCCGGAGCUGUACAAGAACCUGCUGAAGCCGAGGAUCAAGGUCGGCAACGAGUUCGUCAACCAGGGUCGCAACAAGGACCAGGUCUACUACUCGGUGGGCGCGCUGGCCAAGAAUAUGUACGAUCGCCUCUUCAAGUGGUUGGUGAAGAAGGUGAACGUCACGCUGGACACCAAGCAGAAGAGAGCCUCCUUCAUCGGCGUGCUCGACAUCUUUGGAUUCGAGAUCUUUGAUUUCAACAGCUUUGAGCAGAUGUGCAUCAACUUCACCAACGAGAAGCUGCAGCAGUUCUUCAACCCCAUGUUCGUGCUGGAGCAGGAGGAGUACAAGCGAGAGGAAAUUAACUGGGUGUUCAUGGACUUCGGCAUGGACUUGCAGGCGUGCAUCGACCUCAUGGAGAAGCCAAUGGGAGUGCUCUCCAUUCUCGAGGAAGAGAGCAUGUUCCCGAAGGCCUCCGACAAGACAUUCGAGGAGAAGCUGAAGACCAACCACCUGGGCAAGUGCCCGCUGUUCGUGAAGCCCAAGCCGCCCAAGCCGGGGCAGACCGAGUCUCACUUCGCCAUCGUCCACUAUGCCGGCACGGUGAGAGAGAACCUGACUGGCUGGCUGGAAAAGAACAAGGACCCGCUGAACGCACCGUGGUGGACCAGUUCAAGAGGGGGCAAGAACAACCUGCUGGUGGACCUCUUCGCCGACCAUCCGGGCCAGUCAGGCCCCAAGGAAGAGGCGAGCGCCGGUGGCAAGGGAGCCAAACGCACGAAGGGCUCGGCAUUCCAGACUGUCUCGGCCAUGUACAGGGAGCAACUGAAUAACCUGAUGGUGACUCUGCGGGCCACGUCUCCCAACUUUAUCCGUUGCAUCAUCCCUAACGAGACCAAAUCUCCCGGUGUCAUCGACUCGCACCUGGUGAUGCACCAACUGACGUGUAACGGCGUGCUGGAGGGUAUCCGUAUCUGCCGCAAGGGAUUCCCCAACAGGCUGGUGUACCACGACUUCCGCCACCGCUACGUCAUCCUGGCGCCGCAGGAGAUGAACAAGGUCAAGGAUGACCGGGACGCCUGUGCGACGUGCCUCAAAGUGGUGGAGCUGGACGAGGAUAAGUUCCGCCUGGGUCUCACCAAGGUCUUCUUCCGCGCUGGUGUUCUGGGAGACCUGGAAGAGCUGCGCGAUGACAAGCUCAACCAGAUCUUCUCCUGGAUGCAAGCCUGCAUCCGCGGAUACAGGUCGCGGAAGGAGUACGAGAAGCUCAAGGAACAGCGGGCCAUGCUGCUGGUGGUACAGCGAGCUAUCCGCAAGUACAUGAAGCUCAACGGCUGGGCCUGGUUCCGUCUCUGGAUCCGCGUCCGCCCCAUGCUCUACCAGACCCGCAUCGAGGACGAGCUUAAGAGGCUGAAGGAGGAGGCUGAGGCGGCGGAGGCGGCACUGGAACUUGAGCUGAAGCAGCGCAAGGAGUCAGAGGAGGCCAACAUCAAGCUGCUGAAGGAGAAGAACGAGUUGCUCUCGCGGCUGGAGUCCGAGCGGGGCGAGAUGGGCGACGAGCUGGCCAAGCAGCAGAAGCUGGCGGCGCAGAAGGCCGACCUCGAGAGCCAGCUGACUGAUGCCCAGGAUCGUCUGUCGGAGGAGGAGGAGGCGCGUCAGAAGCUGUCGCAGGAGAAGCGCAAGAUGGAGCAGGACCUGAGCAGCUUCAAGAAGGACCUGGACGAGGUCCAGGCCACCAUGAAGAAGCUGGAAGCCGACAAGACGGCACGCGACCACAAGAUCCGCACCCUCAACGACGAGAUCUCGCAGCAGGACGAGCUCAUCAACAAGCUGAACCGCGAGAAGAAACGACUCCAGGAGACCCAGCAGAAGACGACGGACGACUUCGGCACCCAGGAGGACAAGGUGGGUCACCUGACCAAGGUGAAGGCCAAGCUGGAGCAGACGCUGGACGAGCUGGAGGACUCGCUGGAGCGCGAGAAGAAGACGCGCGCCGAGAUGGACAAGGCCAAGCGGAAGGUGGAGGGUGACCUCAAGCUGACCCAGGAGGCCGUGGCCGACCUGGAGAAGAACAAGCGCGAGCUUGAGCAGACCAUGAUGCGCAAGGACCGGGAGAUCGCCCAGCUGUCCACGAAACUGGAGGAGGAGCAGGCCCUGGUAACCCGGCUGCAGCGCACCAUCAAGGAGCUGCAGGGUCGCAUCGAGGAGCUGGAGGAGGAGCUCGAGUCCGAGCGCCAGGGCCGCGCCAAGGCUGAGAAGCAGCGCGCCGACCUGGCACGUGAACUGGAGGAGCUGACGGAGCGGCUGGAGGAAGCAGGUGGCGCCACCGCCGCCCAGAUGGAGCUCAACAAGAAGCGCGAGAACGAAAUCGCCAAGCUGCGGCGCGAUAUCGAGGAACAGAGCAUCCAGCAGGAGACGACCCUGGGUGGCCUGAGGAGGAAGCACAACGACGCCAUCACGGAGAUGGCCGAACAGAUCGACCAGCUCAACAAGUCCAAGGCCAAGUCCGAGCGCGAGGCAGACUCCAUGCGCAGCGAGGCGCAGGAGCUCAGGUCGGCGCUCGACCUCACCAACAACGAGAAGGCCAGUGAGGAGAAGCAGACCAAGAUGCUCCAGGAUCAGCUGGGCAGCAUCAACUCCAAGCUGGAGGAGGCUAACAGGACGCUCGGCGACUUCGACAGUGCCAAAAAGAAACUGACCGUCGAGAACACCGACUUGAUGCAAGAGCUGGAGACGGCCGAGUCGCAGCUGUCGCAGCUGCAGAAGCUACGCGCCACGCUGCAGACACAGCUGGACGAUUGCAACCGGCUGUGCGACGAGGAGGGACGCGAGCGCGCCACCAUCCUCAGCAAGUUCCGCAACCUCGAGCACGACAUCGACACCAUGCGCGAACAGGUGGACGAGGAGGCGGAGAGAAAAUCGGACCUGGGCCGCCAGGUGGCCAAGGCCCAGGCUGAGGCUAACCUGUGGCGUAACAAGUACGAGCAGGAGGGCGUCGCCAGGGCUGAGGAGUUGGAGGAGCAGCGCCGCAAGCUGGCCGUCCGCCUGCAGGAAGCCACCGAGCAGCUGGAGGUGCUCAACCAGAAGAACAUCAGCCUGGAGAAGAUCAAGGCGCGGCUGACAGGCGAGAUCGACGAGAUGCAUGCCGAGGUAGAGCGUGCCCAGCAGCUGGCUAGCCAGAUGGAGAAGAAGGCCAAGGGCUUCGACAAGAUCAUCGCCGAGUGGAAGAUGAAGGUGGAUGACGUGGCUUCCGAGCUGGACACGUCUCAGCGCGACUGCCGCAACUACAGCACCGAGCUGUUCCGCGUCCGGGGCGCAUUCGACGAGAGCAACGAGCAGCUCGAGUCUGUGCGCCGCGAGAACAAGAACCUGGCCGAUGAGGUCAAGGACCUGAUGGACCAGAUCAUGGACGGCGGCCGGAGUCUGGCCGAGGUGGAGAAACUGCGCCAGCGGGUGGAGCAGGAGAAGGAGGAGCUGCAGUCGGCGCUGGAGGAGGCCGAGAGCGCGCUGGAGCAGGAGGAGAACAAGGUGCUGCGCGGCCAGCUGGAGCUGAACCAGGCGCGCCAGGAGAUCGAGCGGCGCAUCCAGGAGAAGGAGGAGGAGUUCGAGGCCACAAGGAAGAACCAUCAGCGUCAGAUGGAGUCGAUGCAGGCUUCGCUUGAGGCCGAGGCCAAGGGCCGUGCCGAGGCGAUGCGGAUGAAGAAGAAGCUGGAGACGGACAUCAACGAGCUGGAGGUGUCUGUGGAGCGGGCCAACAUCGAGACCAUGGAGGGUCAGAAGACCAUCAAGCGGGUGCAGGCGGAGCUGAGGGACGUGCAGGUGCAGCUGGAGGAGGAGGAGCGCUCGCGUGCCCAGGUGCGCGAGGCGCUGAGCCUGUCCGAGCGACGCGCCAACGCCCUGCACGGCGAGCUGGAGGAGAGCAGGACCCUUCUGGAGCAGGCCGACCGCGGCCGCCGUCAGGCGGAGGCCGAGCUGGGCGACGUGCAACAGCAGCUGUCGGAGAGUGAGGCCAACUACAACAGCGCCUCCGCCGCCCGCCACAAGCUCGAGGAGGAGGUCAAGACCCUGCACGUCGACCUGGACGAGAUGCUCAACGAGGCCCGCUCCUCCGAGGAGAAGGCCAAGCGCGCCAUGAUCGACGCCGCCAGACUGGCUGACGAGCUGCGCGCCGAGCAGGAGAACGCCCAGUCGCACGAGCAGAGCCGCAAGUCGAUGGAGUCCGCCGUCAAGGACCUGCAGAUCCGCCUGGACGAGGCCGAGGCCAACGCCGUCAAGAACGGCCGCCGCAUCAUCUCCAAGCUGGAGGAGCGUCUGCGUUCGCUCGAGUCCGAGCUGGAUCAUGAGCAGCGCCGUCACAGUGACGUCACGAAGAACCUACGGAAGGCUGACCGUCGCAUCAAGGAGCUCAUCUUCCAGGCGGACGAGGACAAGAAGAACCACCAGCGCAUGCAGGACCUGGUCGACUCGCUCCAGCAGAAGAUCAAGACGUACAAGCGGCAGAUCGACGAGGCGGAGGAGAUCGCUGCCCUGAACCUCGCCAAGUACCGCAAGUGCCAGCAGGAGGUGGAGGCCUCGGAGGAGCGUUGCGACGCCGCCGAGUCGGCCGUGGCCAAGUUCCGCGCUCGCGGCCGUGGCGCCUCCACCGCGCGUGGUGUCACCCCUGCUCGCUAGAUGGCUCUGCCGUGCCGAGGUGGCGCCCGCCCGCCGACCGCCGGCCCCUCUCUGACCCGAGCUGUCUGUCCGCUUGUAGUCUGCUAGUCGCCGGAGCAUCGUGAGUUGCCCCCUCGCAAUGGUGAAUAAACCGCAAAACGAAAACGAA